AGCAAACUCCCCGUCUCCCCGGCUAUAUAUACUACAUACAAGCUAACUAUGAUUUCAUACACCAUCUCUGUUCUCCCAAAAAAAAGCUUCCAAAUAAACUCCUUUUUAUUUUUCAUAAGGGGUUGUUUGUUUUUUUGAAGUAUAAUUUAAUUUGUUAGUAAAUUAUUAAUUAAUAAUGGAUGAAAAGAGAGGUUCGACGACGAGGAAGAAGAAGAAAGGAUCAAUAUGGAGUAUAUUUAUGCAUGCGGACGGUGUGGAUUUAAUAUUGAUGUUGUUUGGUUUCAUCGGAUCCGUUGGUGAUGGAUUCACGUUACCGUUGACAUUGGUUGUUACUAGUAAGUUGAUGAAUAAUAUUGGCGGUUCUUCCAAUUUCAGUGAUCCUCAUGCCUUUACUUCCCAUAUUAAUCAGAAUGCAGCAGUUUUAUGUAUGGUUGGAGCAGGAGCAUGGGUACUUUGUUUCCUUGAGGGAUUUUGUUGGACAAGGACAGCAGAAAGACAAGCUACAAGAAUGAGAUAUAGGUACUUGAAGGCAGUGUUGAGGCAAGAUGUGGGCUACUUUGAUAUGCAUGUUGGUAGUACCUCUGAAGUUAUUAUUAGUGUUUCUAGUGAUAGCCUUACCAUCCAAGAUGUUAUAAGUGAAAAGGUACCAAAUUUUGUGAUGAACACGUCGACUUUCAUAGGAAGCUAUGUAGCAGCAUUCGUAUUGUUAUGGAAGCUUGCAAUAGUGGGAUUCCCUUUCGUAGUUCUUCUCAUAAUUCCAGGGUUGCUGUACGGAAGGAUAUUGAUGGGGUUGGCUAGAAAGCUGACUGUUGAAUAUAACAAGGCCGGGAGCGUAGUAGAGCAAGCAAUAUCUUGUAUAAGAACAGUGUAUGCAUUUGUAGGAGAAAAUAAAACAAUGGCCAAGUUCUCAACAGCUUUGGAAGGGUCAGUGAAGUUAGGGCUCAAGCAAGGUUUGGCUAAGGGUGUCGCCAUUGGUAGCAAUGGUGUUAGCUUUGCGGUUUGGGCUUUUAGUACUUGGUAUGGUAGCAAGCUUGUCAUGUACCAUGGUGCUAAAGGUGGUACCGUCUUUGUCGUUGGUGCUGCCCUCUCUGUUGGAGGACUAGCUCUUGGUUCUGGUUUAUCAAACAUCAAGUACUUAUCUGAAGCUGCUUCAGCCGGGGAGAAAAUUAUGGAAGUAAUAAAGAGGGUACCGGAAAUAGAUUCCGAAAGAAUGGACGGGCUUACCUUGGACAAUAUUUCCGGGGAGGUUGAGUUUAAGAAUGUUGAUUUUGCAUACCCUUCAAGACCAGACUCAGUAAUUUUCUGCAACUUGUCACUGCAAGUUCCUGCAGGGAAGACAGUGGCUUUAGUUGGGGGAAGUGGUUCGGGUAAAUCAACUGCAGUAGCUUUGCUACAAAGGUUUUAUAAUCCACUUGGUGGGCAGAUACUGUUAGAUGGGGUGUCUAUUGAUAAGCUCCAACUCAAGUGGUUGAGAUCACAAAUGGGGUUAGUGAGCCAAGAACCUGCACUUUUUGCCACUACAAUUAAGGAGAACAUACUUUUUGGCAAAGAAGAUGCUACUAUGGAGGAGGUUAUUCAAGCUGCAACAGCAUCUAAUGCUCACAAUUUCAUUAGCCAAUUGCCUCUGGGCUAUGACACGCAGGUUGGAGAAAGAGGAGUCCAAAUGUCAGGAGGACAAAAGCAAAGAAUUGCAAUAGCAAGAGCCAUAAUAAAGAAACCUCGCGUUCUUCUUCUAGAUGAGGCAACUAGCGCGUUAGAUUCAGAAUCAGAACGGGUUGUCCAAGAAGCCCUUGACAAGGCUGCUGUGGGGCGAACUACAAUAGUCAUUGCACACCGCCUCUCUACAAUCCGAAAUGCCGACACUAUUGCAGUUAUCCAGAAUGGACAGGUGAUGGAGAGUGGUUCCCAUGAUGUGUUAAUACAAAACAAUGAUGGGGUAUACACUUCAUUAGUCCGCUUACAACAGAUGGAAAAAUCUAAUUAUAAAGAUGAGAGAAUAAGCAUUUCGAACUCAUCCAUUUUCAACAAUAUGGAAUCCAGAUAUAGCACAAGUAGUCGUAGGCUCUCAUUGGUGAGUCGCUCAAGCUCAGCUAACUCAGUUCAUGACUCCGCCAAUCAAGUUGAUAGUGAGCUCAUGGCUGAAGAAAAGUUGCCUGCUCCGUCAUUUAAAAGGUUAUUAGCUUUGAACUUACCUGAGUGGAAACAAGCUACUUACGGGUGUAUUGCUGCCAUGGUCUUUGGUGCAGUCCAACCACUAUAUUCAUUUGCUAUGGGGUCUAUGAUAUCUGUGUAUUUUUUGCAAGAUAACAAAGAGAUUAAGAGACAGACUACGAUUUACGCUUCUUGUUUUCUGGGAUUGGCUUUGUUAACAUUGAUAGUGAAUAUAGUUCAGCAUUACAAUUUCGCCUACAUGGGAGAGUUGUUGACUAAAAGGGUGCGAGAGAAGAUGCUUUCCAGAAUGCUGACUUUCGAGGUUGGAUGGUUCGAUCGAGAUGAAAAUAGUACUGGUACUAUUUGCUCUAGGCUGGCCAAGGAUGCCAAUGUGGUAAGAUCUUUGGUGGGAGAUCGAUUGGCUCUUGUAGUCCAAACAAUUUCAGCAGUUGUAGUUGCAUUUACAAUGGGCUUAAUCAUUGCUUGGAGGCUGGCUAUUGUGAUGAUAGCAAUUCAACCACUUAUCAUAAUUAGUUUCUACACAAGAAGAGUUCUAUUGAAGAACAUGUCAAAGAAGGCAAUCAAGGCACAAGAUGAGAGCAGCAAGUUGGCUGCUGAAGCUGUAUCCAACCUCCGUACUGUCACUGCAUUCUCGUCCCAGGCUAGAAUAUUAGCAAUGCUCGAGAAAGCUCAGGAAAGCCCUAGAAGGGAAAGUAUACGACAGUCAUGGUACGCAGGUUUUGGUCUGGGGACUUCCCAGGGCUUGAACAUUUGUGCUUGGGCUAUGGAUUUUUGGUAUGGUGGUAAGCUAAUUUCUCAAGGAUACCUCACUGCCAAGGAAUUGUUUGAGACCUUCAUGAUUCUAGUGAGCACAGGUCGUGUCAUUGCUGAUGCUGGUAGCAUGACUACAGACCUUGCUAAGGGAGCGGAUGCUGUUGCAUCUGUGUUUGCAGUCCUAGACCGUAAUACCAAGAUUGAUCCUGACAAUAUACAAGGAUAUGUUCCGGAGAAAAUAACCGGUCACGGUCACGGUCACGGUCACAUAGAAAUCCGAAAUGUGGACUUUUCAUAUCCAACUAGGCCUGAUGUACUCAUCUUCAAGGGCUUCUCAAUCAAGAUUGAUGCCGGGAAAUCAACGGCUCUGGUGGGGCAGAGUGGAUCAGGUAAGUCGACAAUAAUUGGAUUGAUUGAAAGAUUCUAUGAUCCUCUCAAGGGAUCCGUAGAAAUAGAUGGACGUGAUAUACGAGUGUACAACCUUAGGUCACUAAGAAAGCAUAUAGCUCUGGUAAGCCAAGAGCCUACAUUAUUUGCAGGUACCAUACGUGAGAAUAUAAUGUACGGAGCCAGUGAUGAUGUGGAUGAAACUGAAAUUGUGGAGGCUGCAAAAGCAGCCAAUGCUUAUGAUUUCAUAUCAGGACUAAAAGACGGGUUUGAUACAUGGUGUGGUGAUAGAGGUGUUCAAUUAUCAGGAGGACAAAAGCAGAGAAUCGCAAUAGCUAGAGCUAUUCUAAGAAACCCGGGAGUACUAUUGUUAGACGAGGCCACAAGUGCACUGGAUAGUCAUUCAGAAAAGAUAGUGCAAGAUGCACUUGAAAGAGUAAUGGUUGGUAGGACUAGUGUUGUAGUGGCUCAUAGGUUGAGCACUAUUCAAAAUUGUCAUCUUAUUGCGGUCUUAGAUAAAGGCAAAGUUAUAGAGAAAGGUACACAUUCCUCUCUUUUGGCUAAAGGACCCAAAGGACCUUAUUAUUCUUUGGUCAAUCUUCAAAGAACACCACAUCUUUCAGAUUAAGAAAUUUAGGAAUUGUGCAAUACCUCAUUGCUUACCGUAACAAAUUUGUUGAAUAAAUUAAUAGGACCAUGUUAUUCAAUAUCCUGGUAUCAUUUUUCAGACAUAUUAGAACCUUUGUAUGGAUAAUGUACUAAGUCAUAUUGGAAUAUUUAAUCAACUAGUUCUUGGCCCAAGCCCAUGCCCCAAUUUCAUUCCUAUGACAAGAAUUUUUAUGUUGUAUUUGGCCAAUGGGUUUUUUGUUUUUUGGCAGCAGGUCCAAUUGG